UUCUAUCUCAACCACCCCCUGUUGACUACCUUUCUGCUGUCCUGCACUCCACAGGUGAUCUGUGGUUCUGCCUUAGCUCGUGCCCUACAGAGUCUAGCCUGAUAGACUAGCUCUAAGAGUGUCAACUUCCCGUGUCGGGUUAGAGACGGAAUUACGGCUGACAUUGGAGCAAGGUCAUCAUGGUGCUGGGUCUACGGACCGCGUAUGGCUUCGUGCAGGACAUGCGAUGCCUGUCCACGAUGUGGUUCGGUAAAAUAAAGGGCUCCACGCACAAGGACCGCCUGGAGUCCUUCUACGGACCACAAGCUCAUGCGUACGAUCGUUUUCGCCGGAAUUUCCUCCAUGGCCGAAAGCCCAUGCUCGCAGCGUGCGCUGCGCGUCUGCGCGGCUCCACCGACAUGGUGUGGGUGGAUCUGGGCGGCGGCACCGCGGAGAACGUCGAGAUGAUGUCUGAGUACAUAGAUCUGUCGUCUUUUGCUAAGAUCUACGUCGUCGACAUCACCCCGUCGCUCUGCAAGGUGGCGCGUGAGAAGGUGAAGCAGCGCGGGUGGACCAACGUCGAGAUUGUGGAGGGUGACGCGUGCAAGUUCGCCCCUCCAGAGAAGGCCACAUUGGUCACAUUCUCCUAUUCCCUCACCAUGAUCCCGCCUUUCAUGGAUGCCGUCGACGCGGCUAUCUCGUACCUCGAGGAGGACGGCAUUGUCGGAGUGACCGAUUUCUACGCGUCGGCCAAGUUCGAUCUGCCGAACCGCCAGAUGAACUACCAGGAGCGGUGGUUCUGGCGAGCGUGCUUCGACCUGGACGGCAUCGAUCUCACCCCUGAGCGCAGAACGUACCUGGAGCACCACCUGGAGCCCCUGUACGAGUACAACGGGCGCGGCGGCAUUCCGUACGUGCCGUACUUCCAAGCUCCUUUCUUCAUCUGGGUUGGUCGACGAAAGGACUGCAAGAUCGUGAAUCUGAAGCGCUUCCCCGCGCGUGCGUCGGACGAGUUCGAGUCCAAGAUCCCGCCGGGCUUUCCCCCCACCUUCCUGUACUCGCUGUCGUGGGAGGACCCCCGCGAGGACGACAAGGUGCUGGACAUCAACCCCAGCGACACCAUCCUCACGCUCACGUCCGGCGGCUGCAACGCCCUCGAUCUCGUGCUCCAGGGCGCGGGCAAGGUGGUGUGCGUGGACAUCAACCCCGCGCAGAGCUACCUGCUGGAGCUGAAGCGCGCGGCCGUGAUCCGGCUGCCGUUCGACGACGUGUGGCAGAUGUUCGGCGAGGGCGUGCACCCGCAGUUCACCACGCUGCUCGAGAGGGAGCUCGCGCCGUUCCUCAGCCAGGGCGCCCUCAACUUCUGGAGGUGGAAGAAGUACUACUUCAAGAAUGGCAUCUACUUCCACGGUGGUAUGGGACGCCUCAUCCGCGCUGUGAGGGUGCUCGCCAAGUUGACACGCAUGGAGCAUUGGAUCGACGACCUCCUCAACGCACCCAAUGUCGAGAGCCAGUAUCAGCUCUGGACCAACACCAUGGGGCGGUGGCUGACGAGGGCGAGCAUCUUCGCGCGCAUCUUUGGCUUCUUCUUCACCAACCGCGUGGUGCUCUGGUUCUGCGCCGGCAUCAGCCGCGGCCAGCUGAGGCUCAUCCGCAAGGAGGACAAUGUGUACCGCUACGUCGUGCGCUGCCUCGACUCGGUUGCUGAAACCACGUCUCUGGGGGACAGCAACUACUUCUACCGCUGCUGCCUGACGGGCAAGUUCUCCCGCAACUGCUGCCCUCGCUUCCUGGAGGAGCCCUGCUUCAACAAGCUCAAGGUGGAGCUGGCGGCCAGGGAGUGCAUGCACAUCUCCACGUCCUUCUUCGUGCAGGAGCUGCGCGCGCGCAUGUACACCAAGGUCAUUCUGAUGGACCAUGUGGACUGGCUGGGGCAGAAGGACAUCGACACACUCUGCCUAGCGCUCAAGGAGCAAGUCAAGCCUGGCGGCCGUGUCAUCUGGCGAAGUGCAUCCCGUAACCCGGAGUACGCCAAGGACAUUGAGAAGGCCGGAUUCAAGGUGGUGCAAGUUCGCUCCAUCACGCAACAGCAGUACAUGGACCGCGUGAACAUGUACGCCAGCUUCUAUGUCGCCAUCCGCGAGGGCGGACCCGAGCCCGUCAACAUCUUCAACAGCCCUCCCGACCCACUUGCCCCCACUGCUGCUGCUCCUGCCCUAACAAACGGCGAUGCUUGAUGAAGCUCCCAUCCAAGUGCUGCAGGGUCUAGUCUCAACUUAUUGACACUUCUGGUCUAUGAAAUAGUAGUGCUUAUACCAUAGGCCUUCACCUCGUGGGCAUCACCAAGCCAUCACCAUUAUACCUCUAAUGCGCUUCAAUUUUCACGCGUGGAAGUGCUGUUGGUUUCGUUGUGAAAAGUCCCUAGCGCUACUAGCG